GCCUUCCUUCCCCCUCCUGCCUCCCCUGCUCAUUCAUUUAACAAAGGGAGUUGUCUUCAGCCCUCGGGGGGGAGCCGUUUGGAGCCGCACGUUUUGGGGGUCCCGGGCAGAGGUUUGAGGGGCCAGGGACGAGGAGUUUCCUAGGUUUUCAGCUCGGUGGUGACAGUGGUGUCUGUGUGGCUGCUGUUUAUUACUCUUUUGUGUCCAUUGCCUCUUGUCCUGUUGCUGGAUACCACCAAGAGGAGCCUGGUUGCACCUUUACACCUCCAGCAGUAACGGCCUCCCAGCUGAAGAUGUCUAACAAUGGAGUGGAGACAGAAGACAAACCACCUGCUCCUCCAAUGAGAAAUACCAGCACUAUGAUUGGAUCAGGAAGCAAAGAUGCUGGGACUUUAAACCAUGGCUCCAAACCUUUGCCUCCCAACCCAGAGGAGAAGAAGAGGAAGGACCGAUUUUACCGAGCCAUUUUACCGGGAGAUAAAACCAAUAAAAAGAAAGAGAAAGAGCGGCCAGAGAUCUCCCUGCCUUCAGACUUUGAGCACACCAUUCAUGUGGGGUUUGAUGCGGUCACAGGAGAAUUCACAGGCAUGCCAGAGCAAUGGGCACGUUUACUGCAGACUUCCAACAUCACCAAGUCGGAGCAGAAGAAGAACCCUCAGGCAGUGCUGGAUGUGCUGGAGUUUUACAACUCCAAGAAGAUCUCCAACAGCCAGAAGUACAUGAGUUUCACAGAUAAAUCAACAGAGGACUACAAUUCAUCCAACACACUGAAUGUGAAGUCUGUCUCUGAGACCCCUGCAGUGCCCUCAGUGUCUGAAGAUGAAGAUGAUGAAGACGAUGCAGCUCCACCCCCUGUGAUAGCUCCGCGACCUGAACACACAAAAUCUAUAUACACCCGCUCGGUGAUAGAACCCCUUCCUCCUCCUACCAGGGACGUGGCCACCUCUCCUAUUUCUUCUCCAUCUGAAAACAGCACAACAGCACCUGACAUGCUGGUCAGGAACACAGAGAAACAAAAGAAAAAGCCAAAAAUGUCAGAUGAAGAGAUCCUGGAAAAAUUAAGGAGUAUUGUGAGUGUGGGAGAUCCAAAAAAGAAGUACACCUGCUUUGAGAAGAUUGGGCAAGGAGCCUCAGGUACAGUUUACACAGCAAUGGAUGUAGCUACAGGACAGGAGGUUGCCAUCAAACAGAUGAAUUUGCAGCAGCAGCCCAAAAAAGAACUGAUUAUAAAUGAAAUCCUUGUGAUGAGGGAAAACAAAAACCCCAACAUUGUCAACUACUUGGACAGCUACCUUGUAGGAGAAGAGCUCUGGGUGGUCAUGGAGUACUUGGCAGGAGGCUCCCUGACAGAUGUUGUGACAGAGACCUGCAUGGACGAAGGACAGAUCGCAGCUGUGUGCCGAGAGUGUCUCCAAGCUCUGGAAUUCCUCCAUUCAAACCAAGUUAUUCACAGGGACAUCAAGAGUGACAACAUCCUGCUGGGAAUGGAUGGCUCUGUCAAACUGACUGACUUUGGCUUCUGUGCCCAGAUCACUCCUGAGCAGAGCAAACGCAGCACCAUGGUGGGGACUCCCUACUGGAUGGCGCCUGAAGUGGUGACGAGGAAAGCAUAUGGGCCCAAAGUGGACAUCUGGUCACUGGGGAUCAUGGCCAUCGAGAUGAUCGAAGGAGAGCCUCCCUACCUCAAUGAGAACCCCCUGAGAGCUCUGUAUCUCAUUGCCACUAAUGGGACUCCAGAGCUGCAGAACCCAGAGAAGCUUUCGCCCAUAUUCAGAGACUUCCUAAAUCGCUGUCUUGAAAUGGACGUGGAAAAGAGAGGCUCUGCAAAAGAGCUGCUCCAGCACCAGUUCCUGAAAAUUGCAAAACCUCUGUCUAGUCUCACCCCUCUGAUUAUUGCAGCUAAAGAGGCAGCCAAGAACAACCACUGAAGUGGUGGAGUCGACACGCUCGGCACGUGAAGACUUUCAGAUGUUCAUUUCAGAGACUCAGUUACCUGCCCCUCUCCCCUUCUGCUCCUGCUUCACGGGGCUGCUCUUAAACUUUGCUCUGCCCUGAAGGGUGCCAGAGGUGUUGCUCACUGAAGGUGGAAGGGCAAGCAGCAGGGACGUCGCUGGUCUUCCACAGCCGCCUUCCCAUCCUCGCGACGGGGGUGAGCGGGGAAUUUUCCGUGGCUGAGCAGAUCCUUCUGAGAGCGUCUGAGCCUGACCCAACGUAGCAAAGCCAGUUUGUUUUCAUGUUUCUUACUGUGUUUGUUUUUAAAAAAUCAUGUGGAGCCUUAGACCAUGUUUAUCUUAAUAAAUUAAAUCUUGUGCUGCCUGGACUUCUCCUGCUUCUGGCUAGCUGCUGUUAGACCACUGAGGCUGCUCUGUGCUUUGGACGACUGGAGGAAGCCGGCAGCAGACGUGUGAACAGCUGUAACAACUGAAAGGGGAAUGAGGGUGUGAAGGCUCGUCUCCUACAGCACUGCUGGAUGCUUCCAGGGAGCAUGGAGAAGGCUUCUGUGUGCUUCCUGCAGCUGCGGGAGAACUUCCUGGAUGAUCUUUUUUGCCAGAUUGUGUGAACUAGGGGGACUCCUCCUCUCCCUUUAGUUUCAACUCCGCUAGUUUAAAGAGAGCUCAAACUUUUCUGAUGUUCUAGAGGGUGAAUCACAUGGGGGAAAAAAAUGGCAGAGGGCUCUUUUAGGGUUAUUUUAUCAGUGCUGUGAGGCUUCUUAGAGACCCUUGCCCUGUAUGAUACAGCAAACAGAGCAAUUACCCUUGUAAAGAUAAGAUUUGCCUGCAAAAUGAUGCUGAAAACUCUUCUUGAGAGCAAGUCCAAUGGAAAACGAACUGAUCAUGGAUACUGCUUUCUCCUUGGAGACGUGGAGAAUGUUAAUUUUUGGAAAUGAGAGUGGUUGCUUUAUGCUACUGAUUCCUUUUGGUUGCUAAUAGUCUGUAAAAAGAGCAGGGAACCUGGAAAACUGAGGUGUAAACACUGGGCUUGUGUUCAACUGUACACUGAUUUUUAAUAAAAUGAUGACUGCUGCCUUUCUUAACUUGGGGCUGAGGGAGGAUCAGAGAAGUCACUCUCCCCAAACAGGUCUGGUGGUGUCGUCACAGGAUGCUUGGAUGUGUUGAAUGACGUAAGGUAACCUUCUCUCCUGCUCCUCCUUCUGCAGGCCUCUGGGGCACUGAGUGACUCUCAAGGGAGUGACUUUACACAGAAAGUGGAGAAAAGACCUGUGUUGUAUCUGGGGGCGCUGCUUUCUCUGGAAUCCUUUGGUCUGUUACCUUGUCUCUCUCCCCGGCGCAUGUGUUGCGCAGAAAGCUCAUUCCUGUGUCAUGCUGAGACCUGCUGCUGGCUCAGCCCUUUCCUCCCUGCACCUGGGUUUCAAUUCAAAUGUAUUUCCCCUGUCCAUGCAAUACAUGGCAGCUCUUACACUAAUUUUACUGGGUGUAGGCAGAGUUUGUGAGGUCUUUUGCUUCUAUGGUGCCUUCUCUCGUCCUUUUGUGCUUCAGCCUGGGAACUGUUUGUCUCAAGACUCAAGCCUGAAGUCCGGUGCCACUGCAGCUUCUUCCCCUUCGCGUGCCUAUGUUUC